AUGGCGUCACCACCGGAUUACUCGGACGCCUUCAAUCCGGUUGACAAGGACACAAAAACCCUUGAAAAGUGCAUCGCUGCCCGAAUCGAGGGCUAUAGCGAUUUGUAUGACGACGAAUUAUGGCUUCUAUUCCAACAAGAAUUCGUAUUAUGGACGGAGCAGCACCUACGACAAGCACCAAUGCCGUCCCUCUUCAAGCUACGAAAAACGCUCCGGAGCAACGGCGUAUACGUGGCAAAGGACCAAAGACACCCGGCAAUCCCUCUUGCCGAAGCACGCGCUGAGGCUGAAAGACACCAAUGGACGGAGAGUGAGCUCAUACAGCUUAUACAGCAACGAGAGCAGCCCAAUUCACCGGACCUCCAUAUUACGUACGGCGAGACAAUUGAAAGGCUACGAAAUCCUACAAACCGAGCACCGCAGCAAAGUGCCCACUUUGAACAACCAGAAACGCCUUCACCACCUACAGCCACGCUACUGGGACCAAUGACAAGACAAAGAUCGCAGCUUCUACAGCCUCAAGAGGCAACACUGAAGGCACCUCUCACACAGCAAUUUUACAACCCGACAACCCCCGGCAUGACAACGACGUACGAGCCAACUGUACCCCCAACGACCCCGGGACGACAGGAUGUCGAAGUAUCGUAUACGGAACAGAACGGACUAUCGUAUAACGCGAAUAUCAGCCACCUACGAAAAGCGUAUAACGAAGAGAUCAAAUACGGAGGAAGCGAGGACACGUUCGAUAUGUGUUACCGUAUCUUUAUAGAGCUUUGUGGAAGCACCAGUGUACACACUGCUGAAGCAAUGAGACGAGCUCUUUGGAUUAUGCUGAAAGGAGACGCACUACAGUUCUAUUUCGAUAAUAUAGAAAAAUGGACUCAGCUACGAAUCGACCCUAUAAUAGCUGUCAAGAACAACUACGAGAACGAAGAGCACCUACGGCACGUACAAGAGCAAUGGGAUACAACAACGUUACCAUAUAUUACCUACGUCGGCUCUACAACAAGCUUCGCCCACAGAGGACCUACGGUCAAGUACCGUCGCUAUCACCGCCGACAAUCACGAUCACCGUACCGAGGCCGUUCACCAUAUCAGAACCAGCAGCAAUACGGUGACCGCAGACGCCGCAGCUCCUCAUGGAACCGCUCACCAAAAACGUGCAACGUUUGCAAGAAGGUCGGAUGCUGGUCAACUAAUCAUACCCCGGAAGAGCGAGAGAAAGCCCUACAGCCGUACAUGGACCGCGUUAAAGCGUACCUCACCGCUAAAGAAGGACAACCCCCGGCAGCUACGAAUCAGGACAGCCCGGACGACGACGAAGAGUUCAAAACGUUUCUCGCAGGCGUGGACGCACCUAGCAGAUACGAAACACAGGAUUAUGAGAGCAAAGGACCGUCAUAUGCUGUUAAUUACUUUACGAUUGCUAAUCCAGAGCACGAAGAAUACUCUAAAUCGCUCACUAAUGAUCUUGCCAACCGUUCCGCAGCUCAUUUUCUUCAAUCAAAGCUACGAUCCAGAGCCAACUCGGAGCCGCCCAAAGAUGGCACCAAUACAACAUCUAGAGACAUUACCGCAACGAUAGACACACCGUACGACACUCUCCCAGUGCUACCCCAAUAUUCUUUCCUUACCGAGCCCCGUUACUCGACAAACACGUUUAUAGGAGUCCUAAUUGACACCGGCGCUGCAGAACACUCUACGGCUGGAUACCCCCAAUAUCUUGCUUACCGGAGAACCGCUAGGAACGUCACACUCGAUACCUCUACAGCAGGACAGGCAGCUAUACGAUUCGGACCAGGUGAAUCAAUCAAGUCUAUUGGCUCGAUCGACGUACCGACCCCCGUUGGUGACGUACGAUUCCACAUCAUUGAAGUAAUGACACCGUUCCUACUCUCGAUCAAGGACAUGGAUCGACUAGGCAUCUAUUUUGACAAUACGAAGAACGUUCUCGUUGGACCGAAGCCCGGUAUGACAACGCCAAUCUCACGACGCUUCGGUCAUCCAUUCCUUAUAUGGGAUCACUCGCUCAAAUCGUACUUAACCGAAUCUUUUGACACCGAUACGUGCUUCCUCACGGAAACCGAGCUACGCCACCUACAUCGCCGAUUCGGCCACCCGUCAGUCGAGAAGCUUCGAAAACUGCUCGUACGCGCUGGCCACGAUGUCGAUACCGAAGCACUAAAGCACAUAGGGAAGUUCUGCCACCAUUGCCAAAUCUACGGCCAAUCCCCCGGUCGUUUUAGAUUCACGGUACGGGACGACGUCAGCUUCAACCAUUCAAUUAUUGUCGAUAUUAUGUAUAUUAACGGAAAACCGGUGCUCCAUGUCGUUGACGAAGCUACGCGCUUUAACGCCGCACGUUGGCUCGAAAAUAUUUCAGCGAAAGCGACAUGGACCGCACUACGGAUUAUGUGGAUCGAUAUGUACCUUGGCCCCCCUGAUUUCAUUGUUACUGACGCCGGCAAGAACUUCACCAGCAAAGAAUUCUCGCGAGACGCUUCGUCAAUGGAUAUAAUUGUUACUACCGUACCUGUUGAAGCCCAUUGGUCUAUUGACGCUAUUGAACGAUACCAUGCCGUACUUCGCCGUUCGUACGAAAUCAUGAAAGAAGAACUACCCGAUAUCUCCGCCGAAGCAGCCUUACAAAUGGCUGUAAAAGCUGUCAAUGACACUGCAGGCCCAGAUGGCCUUGUGCCGACCCUUCUCGUCUUUGGCGCCUACCCACGAAUGACUGAAUAUGACCCCCCUGCACCUACGAUUACUCAACGCGCCGCUGCGGUUAAGAAAGCAAUGACCGAGAUUCGUAGGUUACGUGCUCAACGCCAGGUCACCGACGCUGUCAACACCAGAAACGGACCAUCGUCAACAGCCGUACACCGUCUUCCUCUCAAUUCGGACAUACUCGUAUGGAGAGAAGGGAACACCGGAUAUGCAGGAAAAUGGACCGGACCGUACAAAUUACUAGUAAUGAGCAACGAAACGUGCAUAAUCGAGCUUCCAAAUGGACCGACCCCAUUCCGGUCAACAGCUGUCAAACCGUACUACACUGAGAUCGACAAAACGAAAGACGAAGCCAGCCCCGAUAAGACCACUACUGAGGACCGCACCCCAGAUGAAGAAAACGAACCUAUACCGCAUGAAACAAUUCCUCCACCACCUGCGGUCGUGAUCCCACAAUACGAACCCGAAGCAAGCAGCUUACAGCGCCCCCAGCGAGAUCGCCGCUUACCUACACGGUACAGAGAAGAUUACAUGCAGCAUACGUUCCUAGGCGAAUUCACGAAGGAGCAUGAAGACGAAUCACGUCACCAAUUCGCAGCUACCGUACUAGCCCGAUUCGAAGGUUCACAGCAGAAAGAGAUCAACGGUUUACUAGAACGGGGUGUAUUCGAAUACGCUCAAGAAAAAGAUAUACCACCGGGCACGCGUAUAUUUACUGCAAGAUUCGUUAACGAAGUGAAAAAUAACGGCACCGACAAAGCCUUUGAGAAAUCGCGGCUCGUCGUACAAGCCUACAACGAUGAAGGCAAGGAGUACGUACUAACGCAGUCACCGACAAUACAACGAGCCAGUCAACGUAUCAUUCUCUGCUUCGCUACGAUCAUGAAAAACGUACGUUGUUACAUUCGCGACGUCACACAGGCCUAUAUUCAGUCAACAACGAAGCUCAAUCGUGACUUCUAUAUACGGAUCACACCAGAAUUAGCACAAUAUUUUCCCGGAGGUACGUUUCUCAAAGUUGUGAGACCUCUUUACGGCAUACCCGAAGCAGGCAAUCACUGGUUUCGUACCUAUCACAACCACCAUACGGAAAACCUCAAUAUGGACGUGUCCACCUACGACCCAUGCCUCUUACACUGCUCUGAUUCGAAGCAAGGAUUCGGUAUUAUCGGCAUGCAAACCGACGAUACACUAAUCGUUGCGAAUGACACCUUCGCAGCACGUGAAGAAGAAGAGAUCCGACGUGCGAAGAUCCUCUGCAAGCCCCGUGAACAGCUAACAACCGAUAAUCCACUUAAAUUCAAUGAUCAAGCCGCGGAUACUACGAACUCACGUGGCAAAGUACGAAAAGAUGCCACACCGCAAGAGCAGUACAUUGCUCAGCGAGCUCUCGGUGCGUAUAUAGCUUCAAUGUCACAACCCGAAGCUUCAUUUGAUCUAUCGUACGCAGCGCAAGCUACGGAUCCACAAAAAGACGAUAUCAAAGCCUUGAAUAAACGGCUACAAUGGCAAAUUGACAACCCCGAACGAGGACUACGAUUCGUUGAACUAGAUGUACAGACCCUACGGCUUAUCGCAUUCGUCGAUGCUUCAUUUGCAAAUAAUAAGGAUUAUUCUUCACAACUCGGCUACGUUAUCGUACUAGCAGAUGAAGCAAAUAACGCGAAUAUCCUUCAUUGGUCAUCUACGAAGUGCAAGCAAAUCACACGUAGCGUGCUUGGCUCAGAAACGUACGCACUAGCUAAUGGAUUCGAUGCUGCAGCUGCAAUCAAGUCAACCCUUACGCAGCUACUCCAUCUCACUGAACCACUUCCGCUAAUUGUUUGCACCGAUUCGAAGAGCUUAUAUGAAUGCCUCGUCAAGCUCGGCACCACACACGAGAAACGCCUUAUGAUCGAUCUCAUGUGCCUCCGCCAAUCGUACGAACGACAAGAGAUCACGGAGGUCAGAUGGAUUGACGGCAACAGCAAUCCUGCUGACGCCAUGACAAAGAGCAAGCCGUGCCACGCUCUACAAGAGCUUAUUAAUACGAACAAGCUACGUAUCAACGUUGACGGAUGGGUGGAGAGAUCAGUUACGACGCGCAGCCCCGAACCCAAGACUGUAAGAUUUGCUACACCGUUGGAAUCACCGAAGCAGUAG